AUGUUUAACGCACUCAAUCGCUUCAUAUCCCGCUUGGACGGCGACCCCCAGCAGCAACGACGGGAUCACCAGCAAGGUGGAUAUGGUUUUCAGGUCCUGCGCAACACCAACCUGGAGCUGGGCAUUGAGCCUUGGUUCGACUUUAUCGUAGGAAUCAAUGGAAGGGAGAUUGAUAAUCCCGACCCCCGGCUCUUCGCGCAAGAAGUCCGCAACUGCGCCGGCGGCACUGUGGCUCUGGGUCUCUGGUCGGCCAAGGGCCAGCGCACGCGGGUUCUGCACCUCCCGGUUCCGAUAGAUAAUCCCUCGCUGGGUUUGUCCCUCCAGUUCACGCCGCUCGCUGUCGUCUCCAACAUCUGGCAUGUGCUAGACGUGCCGUCCAACUCCCCGGCCGACAACGCGGGCCUGCUGCCGUACAGCGACUACAUCCUGGGCACCCCCGACGGCGUGCUGCAUGGCGAGGGUGGCCUCGGCGAGCUCGUCGAGGACUAUAUUGGCCGGCCCCUGCGGCUCUGGGUCUACAACAACGAGUAUAAUGUCACGCGCGAGCUCGAAAUCGUUCCAAGCCGUGACUGGGGCGGUGAGGGCGCUCUUGGCUGUGUCCUAGGCUACGGUGCACUGCAUCGCCUGCCUGCGCCUCUCGACGAACCCGUCGACCAACCUGGCGAUACCAUGUUUGACGGCGGCUUCAAUGAGACGGCUGGGGCAGGCGCUGGGGCUGACCAAUUCACUACGUUUGGGGCGCCACCUCAAGACAACACAUACGGAAACAACACAUUCAGUCCAGUUCAGGGCGCACCGUCGGCUGAUUUCUUGGUGCCGGCACAAAUGGCAGCUUCACCAGUAGCGGCGGCGGGAAGCGUGCCGACGAGAUCAGCCAAGAAAAAGGAUCGGCACGGACAUAGUCCGAACAGGUUGAUGGAUGAUUAUUUUGCAGAAGAAGAAAAAAGAAGCAGGGACUUGGAUGGUACCUCGUCCAAAGCCAAGGCCACCCCUCCGCCGCCGCCGCCCAAGUCUUCUGGAGCCGGCCCUCCACCAAUGGGGGGGCCGCCAAAGGCGUCACCUCAGCCUGCAGAGGGAGGUGAUGACAUCGACUAG